AUGGCGGCGUCCCCGGCGUCCCUCCGCGCCUCCGCGGGGGGCCUAUUCUCGUCACUCGCCGGAUCCCGCGCCGCCGCCAAUCCCACCAAGGCGUUGGAGAAGAUCAGGUUCGAGAGCCUCACGGGCAAGAGCAAGCUCCAUGCGCAGCCGGAGCUCUUCAUCCACAUCGCCCCCGACAAGGACAUGACCAACUCGGACCUCAGCACGAUUGCCAGUUCUGGGACCAGGGAGUUUAUAGAGAACCUCCCCGCUGGCGCGGACAUUUCCAUGAUUGGUCAGUUUGGUGUCGGUUCCUUCUCUGCCUACCUUGUGGCCGAGAGGGUCCUCGUCACCACCAAGCACAACGACAACGAGCAGUUCAUUUGGGAGUCCCAGGCUGGUGGGUCCUUUACUGCUUCCCAUGACAAGUCCGGUGAGCAGCUCGGCGGGGGUACCAAGAGGGUCAUCUACCUCAAGGACCAACAGGUGUGA